GCGAGCUGGCUCAGGAGAAGGUAUCGGGGAAGUGGCGGAACUGGAAAAAAGUUGAGAAGUGAUGGCGCAUGUGAGCGAGUUUGAUACAAUGAAGAAUCGCCAAGGGGGCACUGAUGGAAUAGACCCGGGCGUAAGCCGAUAUCCUUACUGCAUCGUUUGGACCCCCAUCCCUGUGCUGUCCUGGCUACUGCCGUUUGUGGGACACAUGGGAAUCUGCACAUCUGCCGGCGUGAUCCGAGACUUCGCCGGGCCGUACUUCGUCUCUGAGGAUAACAUGGCCUUUGGGAGACCCACAAAGUACUGGAAGCUGGACGUGGGCAAGGUGUCCGCCAGCCGCUCAGAUGCCUGGGACCUGGCCGUGCUCGACGCCUCCGAGGAGUACAAACACAGAAUGCACAAUUUAUGCUGCGACAACUGUCACUCACAUGUUGCCAUGGCGCUGAACCUGAUGCGCUAUGAUAACCGCUCCUCCUGGAACAUGGUCAGCGUCGGUUUGCGCUCCCUCGUUCACGGCAAAUAUGUCAGUUUCGGGGCGUUCCUGAAGACCUGGCUGCCCUUCGUCUUGCUAAUUGGAGUCAUCCUCCUGAUCACGCUGGUGCUCAACCUACGGUGACCAUGCCACCAGGGGAGGGGCGGGGGAUCCAGAGAGGGGAGAGCGUGUUCGGCUGGCGUGGCAGUGAGCUGAAAUAGCAUCCAGAAAGCCAGGAAGCAAGGAAACUGCACAGUCCAGUACCUCACACGCACACACACACACACACACACACACACCCUUGGUUUUUUCUCCUGUGGAAUCCAUCCUUUGGGUUGACAAGACAAAGGAAGCUUUUUCCAUUAAAAUACCCACAAGGCAGGAAGGAAAGAGACCUGCCGAUUCUUCCAGCAACUUUUUAAAUGGGGGAGAAGAACAGCCCUGUUGCUUUUCCCAUGAAUUUCACAAACCACCCCCCACCCCCACACCCCAUUAGAGAAAAACUGACCACACAGUCCAUUCUUAACCCUCUAACCUUUUGCACUUUUGAACAAAAUGGAAAAAAUAUGGAAAAAAUCAGGCCAUGUUUGAUUAUAGUUCACUUUGAGAUGAAGUAACUGGUUAUUUCCCCCCUGCUAUUGUUGCCUGUUUUUUGCAAGGACAGAGGUUUCCUUUCUACAUUAGCAUGAGCCUAACACUAAACAUAGAUCAGAAACAAAAUGACCAUACCUAAAGCCUUAAAUUUUAAAUACUUGCUGCUAUUGUAUUCACAUGAUAUAUAUUUUUUUACUUAUGAAUCUGCUUCUGCUCUUUGUUGAACUUAUAAAUGUUUUUAUCAGUGUCUCGUGAAGUGAUUUGAAACUGAGACCUAUAGGUGCUGUUGAUGCUUUUUCAUGCUUUUUUUGUAAUUCAGUCAGUUGUGUGUUUUGUUAUUUGUUAACUGCACAAAUGUUUGUCACCACAGAGUCCCUGCGCAUGCGGGUGGGGUUUGGGUUUGUUUGGGUUCUCCAGUUCUCCUGUGUCUGAGUGUGUUAAGGGGCCCCUUUAAAAACACACCGUGGGUGUGUACGGCUGGAACAAGCCCUUUAAGGAUCCUACGGAAUGUGCUACGGAAUGUGCUACGGAACGUGCUACGGAACGUGCUACGGAACGUCCUGGGGAUUUAAGGAACCGUUUGAUUUCACUGGAGGACAAGAGGACCAGAUGGAGGCCGUCUCACACAAUGAGAAAAACAUACCUGGGUUUUCAUUUCCAAUAAGCUCGUUUCCAAGUGGAUGUAUUAGGCAAUCAUCUUUAUGUUGUGUCUGAAUAAAAUGUGAAUGAAUUACAGAUUAUUAGAUGUUUGGCAGGAGAGAGUGAUACAAAUGAAGAAUUUGGUAGAUAAUUGUGGAAUAAAUAAAAGUGAUGUUUAUACUUUGGUUUAUUGGGUCUAUAAACCUUGUUUGCACCACUACAGUGACUAAUGUUGGUGCUUUUUGUGAGUUUUUUUAUUUAUUCUGCAGCAUAAGCUAUUGUUCAAUGUCAUGCAUUUAUUUUAGGAAGCAACAUCUACAAUAAUCAUAAAUAAAAACUUUCCUGAA